GAGUGUGGUGGCGCUUCCCAUUCGCCACGCGCCGGGGUGGGUCCCCGAAGGUUGCAUGAUGGAAUUUGAAUAUUAUCUCAAGAGGUUUUAUAUUUUGGAUUAGUUUGUUGUGUUUGUCCUCUGCUGACUGUUUCUUCGGACUCAUUUUUUGGUGUACUUUUGAGGCAUUAAAUCCAAAGAGAUUAUACCAUGGACUACAAGGAAAGCUGCCCAAGUGUAAGCAUUCCCAGCUCCGACGAACACAGAGAGAAAAAGAAGAGGUUUACUGUUUAUAAAGUUCUGGUCUCAGUGGGCAGGAGUGAGUGGUUUGUCUUCAGGAGAUAUGCAGAGUUUGAUAAACUUUACAACACUUUAAAGAAACAAUUUCCUGCUAUGGCCCUGAAGAUUCCUGCCAAGAGAAUAUUUGGUGAUAAUUUUGAUCCAGAUUUUAUUAAACAAAGAAGAGCAGGACUGAACGAAUUUAUCCAGAACUUAGUUAGGUAUCCAGAGCUUUACAACCAUCCAGAUGUCAGAACAUUCCUUCGAAUGGACAGUCCGAAACAUCAGUCAGAUCCAUCUGAAGAUGAGGAUGAAAGAAGUUCUCAGAAGGUAAAUUGGUCAUCACCAACAGUUAACAAUGGGGCCUUGGGAAACUUCAAUGCUAAACCAAGUGACUUUGAUUUCUUAAAAGUUAUUGGAAAAGGCAGCUUUGGCAAGGUUCUUCUUGCAAAACGGAAACUGGAUGGAAAAUUUUAUGCUGUCAAAGUGUUACAGAAAAAAAUAGUUCUCAACAGAAAAGAGCAAAAACAUAUUAUGGCUGAACGUAAUGUGCUCUUGAAAAAUGUGAAACAUCCAUUUUUGGUUGGAUUACAUUAUUCUUUUCAAACAACUGAAAAGCUUUAUUUUGUUCUGGAUUUUGUUAAUGGAGGGGAGCUGUUUUUUCACUUACAAAGAGAACGGUCCUUUCCUGAGCACAGAGCUAGGUUUUAUGCUGCUGAAAUUGCAAGUGCAUUGGGUUACUUGCACUCCAUCAAAAUAGUGUACCGAGACUUGAAACCAGAAAAUAUUCUUUUGGAUUCAGUAGGACAUGUUGUCUUAACAGAUUUUGGUCUUUGCAAAGAAGGAAUUGCUAUUUCUGACACCACCACAACAUUUUGUGGGACACCAGAGUACCUUGCACCUGAAGUAAUCAGAAAACAGCCCUAUGAUAAUACAGUAGAUUGGUGGUGCCUUGGUGCUGUUCUGUAUGAAAUGCUAUAUGGAUUGCCUCCCUUUUAUUGCCGAGAUGUUGCUGAAAUGUAUGACAAUAUUCUUCACAAACCCCUAAAUUUAAGACCAGGCGUGAGCCUUACAGCCUGGUCCAUUCUGGAAGAACUCCUAGAAAAAGAUAGGCAAAAUCGACUUGGUGCCAAAGAAGACUUUCUUGAAAUUCAGAAUCAUCCUUUUUUUGAAUCACUGAGCUGGACUGACCUUGUACAAAAGAAGAUUCCACCACCAUUUAAUCCUAAUGUGGCUGGACCAGAUGAUAUCAGGAACUUUGACACAGCGUUUACAGAAGAAACAGUUCCAUAUUCUGUGUGUGUGUCUUCUGACUAUUCUAUAGUGAAUGCCAGUGUACUGGAGGCAGAUGAUGCAUUCCUUGGUUUCUCUUAUGCACCUCCUUCAGAAGACUUAUUUUUGUGAACGGUUCGCCAUUCAGAAAUCAUUGAACAAAUAUAAGCCUACGGAUGGGACUGAAAUUCCUAUUUGUGUGAAUAUAUUCAAAUAUGUAUCUAGUGCCUCAUUUUUACUAGUAAUAUUGAAAACUAUGAACAAAUGUAUUUUCUGCUGUAUGCAAGAAAACGGGGCCUUUCAAAGAGCUAGGUUUUGAAUUAAAAUUUGUAUUCUUGUUUAUUAAGCUUAUUUUUAAACAGAAAUUUUAAAAGCUAUUAUUCUUAGCAUUAACCUAUUUUUAAAGAAAACUCUUUGCUAUUGACUGUUUUUUCCCCUCUAAGUUUACACUAACAUCUACCCAAGAUAGACUGUUUUUUAACAGUCUAUUUCAGUUCAGUUACCGUACGCUAAUACCUUUGUAACUCUCUAGUAUAACUUUUAUCAUAUCAGAACUAUGCAAUUGGUAUGGGAUUGUUUAAGAAGAAACCGGAUCUUUCCAUGAUAAAUCACUGUUUGAAAUAAUUGGUUCUUGGUAGGAUUAAAAUGUAAAAGCCUAGUUAAGACAUUGACUGCUAGUUGACACUUUGAAUAACUGUUCAAUCUGCAGAUCAUUUAAGAAGAAACAAAAGGAAAUCAUUUGCUUUUGGAAUACCAAUUCAAAUUUGUAAAUUAUCUUUCCUCUGGAGGAAAAGAAAACAUUUAAUGGUUAGAAAUUUUAAAGAAUUCCCAAAGAUCUGCAGAGUAAUAAAAUAUUGCUGGUCUUUUUUAGGUGGUGCCAAAAAUGAAUGUCCGUGUCAUGUAUUUAUAUUACAAAUAUAUUCUAUUUAUGUUCCUUUUGGUCUUUUGAAUAUUUAACAUGCUGUUAAGUAGGUCUAAAUUUUAGUAUUUGCUUUUGCAAAUAACUAUUUCAAAACUGUCUUCCUAAAAAAAUGUAUAUAUUGAGCUUUGUAUUUACCUAAUUGGUAAUUACAAAGUAAAAUAAAUUCUGGGUCAUUGUAAAUUUGUAUAGUUUCACUACAAUAUAACAAAAGUUAAAAAUAAUUCCGGCAGAUGCAUAUUCAGGAUCUUAUGUAUCUCAGAAAAAGUAUAAGAAAUUGGCCUUAAAAUCAUAACAUAUCAACUAACUUGUGCACUUGUAAUGGUAAAAGAGAAUAACUACAGAAAAAUAAAAAGGGAUGCUUAACUUGGAAUUCUUAUUCUUAGUUUAGAAUGGAGGUUUUUCAAGUCAUGUAGGAAACAUUAUUGUCAAAGAGUUUAGUGACUCAGUUUAGAUGCUCCAAGAACAAGCAUUCCUUCCAUAUAUUCUCUUGAGAAUCACAAAAUCAUGAAAGUAUUUCUCAGAAAGGGGAGGGGGUUGAGAAGGGAGUGUGCUUUUGUUAGAUUAAUAAAUAUUAUUACAGUACACUGAAUCUUCCUUUAGAGGUAAGACUUUAAUAUCUGCACUGUAAAUAAUUGGUUUAUAUGGCACUACUGUAAGUUCUGCUUUUACACAAAGCUAUUUGCUUAUUAUAAAGCAAAAUAAAAACUAGUUUCUUGUAUGAUUUUUUUUAAACUCAGCUACUCCUUAAUUAAACUGCCAAAAAUUAAAGUGCAAUAUUGUAUAUUUUUAUGAACGAAUUGAAAAUAGAAUUUAGAUGUUUAUUGGAACACAAGAAAUACAAAUCUAUAUAAUAAAGUUAGCAUAAAGAUUAAUGAUCAUUUAAUGCCUGUCAUUAUUCGAAAUUAAAAUUGGUGAUGGUUACAGUAGUCAUUACAAAAUGAAAUAAUGUGAGGGAGAAAAGUGAAUAGAAAAUAACAGAAAAUAUUUGGAUACAUAAAUUACUAGAUUAUCAUAGGCUGAUGUGAUAUUCAGGGAACAAAAUUUCUUACAAGUUUCAACAUUAUCUUUUCUCUCAUAGCGUAAAUCUUUUAUAAAAAUGUGUGCCCUUUGAAUAGUUGAACCAUUUCAUGGUUACUACCAAAGUAAACUCAAAGUCUGAAUAAAGACUGUAACAU